CACCUUCGCCAUGAUCCUGCAGCGGAUCCUGCRCCUCUCGGCCGUGCUGCGCGCCGCCGCCGCCGCGCACCUGCGCAGGAACAUCGGCCUCUCGGCCGUCGCCUUUAACAGGGCCAAGGAGCUYGAUCCGGUGCAGAAGCUCUUCUUGGACAAGAUCCGGGAGUACAACACGAAGAGCAAACAGGCUGGAGGGCCUGUUGAUGUGGGCCCUGAGUUUCAGAAGGACAUGAACGAAUCACUCGCCAGACUCCAGCGGAUGUAUGGUGAGGGAGAUCUAACCAAGUUUCCAGAAUUCAAAUUUGAGGAGCCCAACUUUGAAGAGACACCUAAGUGAUUGCUGCAGGUUGUGAAAGAGCAGCUUCAGUGGAGGUGCUGAAUAUGACAGUGGUUGUAAGUUAAUAAACGUGCUUCAGGUUGAUUUCUGAAGUGUGAAUAAG